AUGCGCAAAGGUGGGAAGCCCUAAAAGGAACCACCCACCACUGGAAUUCGCAAGCGGGGUGGUGGUGGGGUACUAUUGCAGUGUCGGAAUAUCUGUAUUGCGACGGUAUUUCUGUAAACGGGGAGGAGGAAAAGGGGUUGGUUGGUUGCUUGAUUGGCAAUUUGCAGUCAAAUCAUUUCAUUCUUUUUCUCGACUUGUUUCGGCCGCGAUGCUUCGGAUCCCAGAGCCGCAGUAGAGGCAUGGAGUACGCUGGGAGAAUUAAGAACAAGGACCAGUUCCAUUUUUUCACUGACAAGCAAAAACAACAGAUUUGUGAGGCAUUCGACCUUAUUGACACAGAUGCCUCUGGAGCGGUUGACUCUAAGGACCUGGUAGUGGCCAUUAGAGCCCUUGGAUUAGAACCCAAGAAAGAGGAUAUUGAGAAGAUGAUCUCUGACAUAAGCCCGGAUAGAGGUGGUACCAUUGCUUUUGAGGAAUUCUCGCAAGUGGUGACGGCUCAAAUGCGAGUGCGUGACUUCAAGGGUGAUUUCCUCUCUUCAACUCACAGCAUAGGAUGGCUUAGCCCGCGCAUAUCUUUCUCGACUGGCAUUGUGGACAAGACUUCAGUGCGUGAAGUGGAGAAAUUCGGAAAUAGUGCCAAUGAAGAUCAAAGGAAUGCUGAUGAUCGCACUCUUGAUUUCGAGUUCUGUAUGGGAUCUUCUCCUCAGGAUCUUGUGUCCGGCAGCUGUAUGUUACCGGCAGAUGAGCUUUUUCACCAGGGAAGGCUUCUUCCCCAAAGCCAACAUCCCUCUCUCCCUCGAGAAGAUAAGGUUUCUGUAAGUUUUUCUGGACCGCUGGAUACGCUCAAAGUACCUCGUGUUGAUUUUGCCCUGUCAUCUCAAAGACAACAUAAUUCGGGACUUAGUAGGUCAGGUCCAUUAACUCGGGGGGAAAUGAACUUUUUGGAACCUCUUCAAAGGCAGGAGAAGAAUCAUUUUAGAUUUUCAGGCCCACUGGACAUGCGAUCUGCCCCUCCUUCAAGGUUUUCUGGGCCCUUAUGUGCCGGAAAUGCAAAAAUAUCAUCUUCAGUUCCUUCUGAAGGUGCUGGGAAGCCGAAAUCUCAAGCUUGGGAGAAAGUGAUUAGCCUUCUUAGAAGAGCCCGAUCGGAUAGUCAUAGAGACCGGCUAUGUUCUGAUACGGAGCCAAGAUCACCUCCUAGCAAACAGUCUACCCCAGCUCAGAAGAAUUUUGUCUCCGCCGCUAGCUCCUUGCGCUUGAUCUUUCGAAGGAAUUCUUCCAUCGAUAAAAGCGCGAAAACGACCCCUUCGGUUCCUUGUUCGUUGCAAAUGAAAAGUAUUGUUAGUAGUCCUCCGCCCUCAGGGUCUCGAAUUGCGUGGUCACCACCACAUCCCGCAGCGUUUCAUACUCCACCUGCCCAGGCUACCACCAGCAAACCCACUGGUUUAGCUGCUCUUCAUGUGGCGUCCCCAGUUUAUCCUACGUCUUCAGCCCAUGAGAUGGACAGAGAUGUUGAAGUAGACACGUGGAGCUCUUCCGCAACGGAUGUGGAUUUAAGACCAGGUUCUGUGAGGAAUCCAUGGAGAAUGCACGAAACAGAGAGUUCCUUAGAAAUGACUUUCGACAAGUUUGAUCAGGUGAAUUGCACGGAUGUUAAAAAGGUUGAGAGAAGCCUUGGAAUUACAGCGGCAGCAGCAAACCCUACUCGGAUCGUAUUGAAGAAUCUGGAACGGUGUAGUAAUCCGGCAUCUAAGGGUGGCAAGGGUCAAGAUCAGCUCAGAGCUUUGAGAACAAGGGAAAUCCGCCGCAGUCCUGAGAGAUUGGCCUUGUACACUUCAAGCGUUAGGGUUACUCCUGUACUCAAUGUUCCCGUGUGUAUUGCACCCACCAUGCGCAGUUCUAAGGCUGCCAAGGGUCGGCUCGCCAACUUGCGAUCUUUAUUGUCACUUAAGAAAGAGAAGGAUGAAAAGUCUUUGUCAGACCCAGCGAUGGUGGCUUAGAAGCCAGUUGCGACAGGAGUGGAAGGUUUUGUACCUUUGAUGUCUCAAGUUUCUUCUGGUCAACUUAUACACAUAAGUGCCGGGAGCUUGAAUUUCCAUAACAGUUAAGAAAUUCUGACUUUGUCUCCACAACAGCUGCAAGUGUGGGUCGAGUUUUAGCGACCAGGAAAGGACCGUGCUCGAAGCUGUUCAUAUUACACAGUCCUCCCCUUUUAUAAUUGGUAUUGUAGCCCUAUGAGCGCAUGGCAUCCAACGAAAGAGUACCGCGCCUGCGCUUUUAGACAAUGACCCUUAUGAUCUUGUAGAAUGGCAUUUCAUCUUUAGCUAUGGAGUUCGUAAGUUGUGAAGAAGUUCACCGGUUUAAAGGCCGUAGCUUUCAGUUACGUCCGUAGACAAUGCCUCAGAACCUUGAGUUGAAUAUUCCACCCAUUGUAUAGUGAUUUCCCAGGCACUGCGUCAAGAUGUAGGCUCGAGGCUGUGGUGCAGGGAAGAGUGGCCUUGUCUACCACCUUUGUGAGUGUUAUAUCUUUUUCACUCAAAUAUGGUGAUGGUGCUUAGUUUUGAUGGAAACGUCUCCCAACUCGAUAAUGCGGAGGUCACUGAGUUGAUUUAACACAUGAGUCGGGGCUUUUCCAUUAUGUCCAAUCAUACGUGGAUCAAAUCUAGGAUUUCAUAAUGGAUUCACAACCAGCGAAUGUUUGGAAGGAUCGUACAGGUGUAGGCGUCUUCAAGCAGGCAAUCAAAUGCUACUUUACAUAAGUUCGAGGUGCCCGCCACCAUGAGAUGAGAGCAGAAGCUUAAGGAAUAUAUAACCCUGAUUAUAUUUUAAUCUUUUUUUCGACAGGUUUUUUGUAAAGCAAAACAGGACUGGGUCCUCGUCAACGUAGGUCACUUCUAGAGAGAUUGAUAUCUGGGAUUCACCGAGAACACUCCCAAACAAUCAAUGGUGAUGGUGCUUAGUUUUGGUUGCUUUCCAAACAUGUGCUUCUCACUAGUAGUAAAUGCCUCCAUUCAUAUUCUGAAAACGGCGAGUAUUGAAGUUAUAAGCAAAUGUGUAUCAAUGCACCCAUUGCUUUUGCUGAGCGGCUUGGUAGACAUUGUUAUUUUAUCCACGCGUCCUUGUGACAUAGGGGAUUGACUUAGGUUAGGGCACUAUACCAGAGUGGACUAUCUCAAGCGAUUGUGCUGCAGAUGUUUUAGAGAUGCUGGUGUUAGAACCUUCAAGUUUGCUCAGCUGCUUCUCAAUUUA